CCGGCUCCGCUCAGCUGCGCGCACCUUCCAGCAGUGACAUGGCAUAGAGCCGCCGCGGCGACGCAUCCUGCACCAAUGGACGCACUCCGGCGCGGAGCCCCGACGGCGAGGUGGAGGUGGACCGCGACGGCCGCGCUGAAGGACACGCUGCCCGCAUGGCUGCUCCUCAGCGCCGCGGCCGGGCUGCGGGCGGAGGACGGCACGGAGAAGGAGGCGGAGGAGAGCCACCGCCAGGACAGCGUCAACCUGCUGACGUUCAUCCUGCUGCUCACGCUCACCAUCCUCACCAUCUGGCUCUUCAAGCACCGCAGGGUGCGCUUCGUCCACGAGACCGGGCUGGCCAUGAUUUACGGUCUGCUGGUAGGCGUGAUCCUGCGGUACGGCAUCCCGGCCACCAGCUACCACCACAAGACUCCGCCCAGCUGCUCGCUGAUGGAAGGACCCGUCAGCACCGUGCUGCUCAACGUCAGCGGCAAGUUCUUCGAGUACACCCUGAAGGGAGAGAUCAACUCCAGGGAGAUCCACAACGUGGAGCAGAACGACAUGCUGCGCAAGGUGACCUUCGACCCCGAAGUAUUCUUCAACAUUUUGCUGCCUCCGAUUAUUUUCCACGCCGGCUACAGUCUGAAGAAGAGAGACUUCUUCAGGAAUCUGGGCUCCAUCAUAACUUAUGCGUUUCUUGGCACGGCCAUCUCCUGCUUCGUCAUCGGGAACAUGAUGUACGGCGUGGUCAAACUCAUGCAGGUGCUCGGCCAGCUGACGGACAAGUUCUACUACACGGACUGCCUCUUCUUUGGAGCCCUCAUAUCGGCCACGGACCCGGUGACGGUGCUGGCCAUCUUCAACGAUCUGGAUGCGGACGGUGAUCUCUACGCGCUGCUGUUUGGAGAGAGCGUGCUGAACGACGCGGUGGCCAUCGUUCUCUCCUCGUCCAUCAUGGCGUACCAGCCCAGCGCCGGAAACACUCACAUGUUCGAUGCCUCGGCCUUCUUCAAGUCCGUGGGCGUCUUCGUGGGCAUCUUCAGCGGCUCCUUCGUGAUGGGUGCGGCCACCGGCGUCGUCACCGCGCUCGUCACCAAGUUCACCAAGCUGCACUGUUUCCCGUUGCUGGAGACGGCGCUCUUCUUCCUCAUGUCCUGGAGCACCUUCCUGCUGGCCGAGGCCUGCGGGUUCACAGGUGUCGUGUCCGUGCUGUUCUGUGGCAUCACUCAGGCUCACUACACCUGCAACAACCUGUCGGCCGAGUCCAACCAGCGCACCAAGCAGCUGUUUGAGGUCCUGCACUUCCUGGCUGAGAACUUCAUCUUCUCCUACAUGGGUUUGGCCCUCUUCACCUUCCAGAACCACAUCUUCAGCCCCAUCUUCAUCGUCGGGGCUUUCACCGCCAUCUUCGUGGGCAGAGCCUUCAACAUCUACCCGCUGUCCUUCCUGCUCAACCUCGGCCGGCGGCACCGGAUCAAAGGGAACUUCCAGCACAUGAUGAUGUUCGCAGGUCUGCGCGGGGCGAUGGCGUUCGCCCUGGCCAUCCGGGACACGGCCACGUACGCCCGUCAGAUGAUGUUCACCACCACGCUGCUCAUCGUCUUCUUCACCGUCUGGGUGUUCGGCGGCGGGACGACGCCCAUGCUGUCGUGGCUCCACAUCAGCGCUGGGAACAGCGGCGCGUUGCAGGAGGAGCACGGAGAGUGGGAGUACUCCAGGGUCGGAGUGGAUCCAGAUCAAGACCAGCAGCCCUGUAUAGACAGCUUCCAGGUCCUCCAGGGGGAGGGCUCCCAGGCUGAAGGACAGAGCACAACCAAACAGGAGAGCGCCUGGCUCUUCAGACUCUGGUACAGCUUCGACCACAAGUACCUGAUGCCCAUUCUGACUCACAGCGGGCCGCCUCUCACCUCCACGCUGCCGGCCUACUGCGGACCGCUGGCCAGCUGCCUGACCAGCCGCCAGGCCUACGAGGAACAGCUGAGGGACGAGGACUCUGAAAUCUUUCGCAAUGACGCCGACCUCACCUUCACGUUCGGGGACACGUCCAUCACGUCCAACGGGGCGUCCGGCAGCGCCGCCGGCGGGGACGCGGCCGGAGGUUCUGGCUGGAGCGCCAACGGCAAGAGGAGCGGCAGCACCUCGGAGGAGGCGCUGGAGCGUGAGCUGGACUCCCGUGAGCAGGAGCUGCUGAGCCGACGCACACGUCUGGUUUUCCCCAUCGAGGAUCACAUCUGACCCCCUUUCCCCCCACCCUGCCCCCCACCGUCCUUUUUGUUUUGUUUUUUGCCCUGAGCCGCCAGCCUCCUCGGACCCACCACCCAGACCGCCUUGAGUCCUUCAGAGAGGGGUUCAGAGAGGUCAAGGAAGCAUUUCAUCCUCAUGACAGAGCCGGGGUCUGUCCUCUAGGAGACGUUUGGUCUGUCCUCUAGGAGAUGUUUGGUUUGUCCUCUAGGAGACGUUUGGUUUGUCCUCUAGGAGAUGUUUGGUCUGUCCUCUAGGAGAUGUUUGGUCUGUCCUCUAGGAGACGUUUGGUUUGUCCUCUAGGAGACGUUUGGUCUGUCCUCUAGGAGACGUUUGGUUUGUCCUCUAGGAGAUGUUUGGUUUGUCCUCUAGGAGAUGUUUGGUCUGUCCUCUAGGAGACGUUUGGUUUGUCCUCUAGGAGAUGUUUGGUUUGUCCUCUAGGAGAUGUUUGGUCUGUCCUCUAGGAGACGUUUGGUUUGUCCUCUAGGAGAUGUUUGGUCUGUCCUCUAGGAGACGUUUGGUCUGUCCUCUAGGAGACGUUUGGUUUGUCCUCUAGGAGACGUUUGGUCUGUCCUCUAGGAGACGUUUGGUUUGUCCUCUAGGAGACGUUUGGUCUGUCCUCUAGGAGACGUUUGGUUUGUCCUCUAGGAGACGUUUGGUCUGUCCUCUAGGAGACGUUUGGUUUGACACCUUUUAUUAUGCAGGAUGUGAAAAAUCAGCUUAACUGUUCAGCUGCAGAAGAAGAAGAAGAAGAAAGAUGGCCCCCUCUCUCGUCAUGUGACCUCCUUCAGAGCUCUUCACCAUCUCAUCUAGCGGCUUCAAUAGUUUACAGAUCUAAAGAUCUGAAGCUGCUGACGGGCGUGAGUGAGUGAGUGUGUGUGUGUGUGAGUGUGUGUGUGUGUGUGAGACUGGCAUCGAACAGUGAAUGUCGUGCCCUCCGUCCGCCACGGGUGAAGAAUGUGAGCGACAAUGCAGAGCUUUGUUCCUCUACAUGUGGACGCUGCUCCAGGGCGUCGUGUGUGUGUGUCUGUCUGUCUGUCUGUGUGUGUGUGUGUGUGUGUAUAUAUAUGUGUGUGUGUCUGUCUGUCUGUCUGUCUGUGUGUGUGUGUGUGUGUGUGUGUGUGUGUGUACACGUGGGUGUGUGGGUGUGUGGGUUGGUCUUUUCUGGAAACGUUUUUUUCUAUAUUUUCCUAAACACUUUAAAGAGUUAAAGGACUUCAUCUCAUUCAUCUUUCUGCAUCUCACGGAUAUUUUUUAUUAUCAAUAAGUCCAAAAAAAGUAAUAAAUUGCUUCUUCUCUCCGACCUGCAGAAUCUACAAAUACUGAAAGUACUUCUUUAAACUUUUCAACGACCAGUUUUUUCACGUCGUUUAGAGAACGCCUAAUUUGCAUAUUAAAUCAAAGAUAAUUGCCUUAAUGUCGUCAUCAGCUGUCGUCUCUCCUCAAAAGGUCAAACCUGUUUAUUCUCACCUGUCAAUCAAAGCGUUGAUCUUCUGGGAUCUGGGUAAUAAUCUGGAGUCUCGAACCUCAGCUAGUUAGCGUAGCUUAGCAUAAAGACUUGAAACGGAGGGAAACAACUAGCCUGGUUCACGGUCAGAAGACUCUUGUCUUUAUUUACAGCCAAAAGAAAUUCAAAGUAUAAACAAAAGUCUUAUUAUUGUUAUUAUUAUUAUUACUUCUGUUCUUAGCCCCUCGCCCUCAGUCGACUAUGAUUUCUUUCAUAAGUAAUUUUUUAUGCAUUUUUCCUGCUGAAGAUUUAUUUCUCAGAAACGAGUGAGAACAUCACACGGAACAUGAAUAAAGAGGCUUCAUAAGGAUCAUUUUAUUUUAACGAGCCUCCUCCAGUUUUUGUGCUAAGCUAUGCUAAGCGGCUGUAGCUUAAUAUUUAGCACCCAGACGUCAUCUCUGCCAGGAAGCCGAUGAGCUUAUUGUUUAUUAAAUGUCAGCCUAUUGUUUGAUCAAUAACAGCAGCGUGGAUCACAAACAGGAACCCAUUUGGUUCUUUGUCUGGACCUCAUGGGGAACCUGGUUUCAUUUAGCUCCUCUAAUAAAUGUAAAUAGCAGCGUAUUAAUAACUAGACCCCCUCCUUCUUUAUUUUAUAUCUUCACCACACAGCAUGCGUCACCUUGUGUGUGUCUCCAGAGAACACGAAUACACAGGAGGUGUGAAGAGGCAGGAUUGCGUAACGUGGGGGGUUUGGGGGUGGGGGGGCUCCAAAGAGGAACUGAAUCUGGUGGUGUGAGCCGUACGCUCGGAGGCUCAUUUACAUUCUGGCUGCCGAGCCGGAGCUCCAAAGGACCGAUUGUGUCCAACAAAGCGUGUUUCUGGCCGCCUCCUCGUCUCCUCGAGGGAGGAGGGAACGUUCCUCGGCCUCCAGAGACGACGCACACAGCAGAGGUCACAGCAGAGGUCACAGCAGAGGUCACAGCAGAGGUCACAGCAGAGGUCACGUGGGCUCAAGGAAAACGGAACCGAAACUCAUUUUUUUAAAAUAAAUAUAUAUGUUUCCUCAUUCCUGCCAACAGAAGUGCAGAGAAAGAAAAGAUCACUUCUCUGGAGGUCAGAGGACACCGCAGUGACCUCUGACCUCUGUGCCUGAGGAGGAGCUCAACUGUUAAUACACCUGUUGUUUCCCGUAGCAACCGGCUGCCUGGUUCUACCCACCAUGUUUCUGCAUGUUAAUAAAAACAUCAAAUUACGAGCCA